UGUUGGAAAUCAAAUUUAGCCUUGGUAAAAUAACAGGAAAAGUGGGAGUAUGGAGCUCUGUCAAUCAGUUUUAGACGGAGUUGCAUUAGCAGGAGAGGCGACUCACAUUCCUGAUGUUUGCUUCCAACAUUUUAUCACAAAAACAAUAGAGGGCGUCCUCGAUAAAUCAAGUAGAAAUACGAUAAAAGAUGAUAAAGUGUUUAACAAAUUGGACAAAUCUAUUCUGAAAGAAGCGUAUUCAGGUGUACUGGCAUUGUUAUUAGAAGCAGCAAAAUUUGACGCAGAGACAGCAACACUAAGUGCAAUAUUAGAAGAAUGUAAAUUUACACAAGACAGGAUAGAUAUUUUAUUGCAACUUUACCAGGAGAAGAAGCUAUUUAUACAGAUUUUAUUAGGCAAUAUUGGUACCUCCCCACCACAUAUAGUUGAUGUUGACUGGAGAUUAGAUUAUUAUAUCAAAAGCAAUCAGUUGGAAAAAGUUAACGAACCAGUUUAUCUUAUAUCUUUAAAGACAGAGGUUCCUGGUAAAACAGAUUUGGAAGAGGUGCAGUUUUCAUGCUCUUUAGAACAAUUACAGGAUUUUGUUGGGAAGCUAAAAGAUGCCACAAAAUGUUUAGAAAAGAUUGGCCAAGUGUAGUAUGA